AUGCUGCUCUUUGGCCCCAAAGCGCUGCUGUUUCUCACUGCACUCAUCAUCACAUCUGAUGAUGUGACUCCAGAAACAUUCACAGAAGAUCCCAAUCUGGUGAAUGAACCUUCAACAGAUGAAACUGUUCUGGCUGAUAUGGAGCCUUCCACAGAUGAACUGGCCUCGCCCAGUGAUAAAAAUACCACCACAGAGUGCCGGGAUGAGAAAUUUGCUUGUACAAGACUCUACUCUGUCCAUCGACCAGUCAAGCAAUGCGUUCAUCAGGUCUGCUUCACCAGUUUACGACGUAUGUACAUCAUCAACAAUGAGAUCUGCUCCCGUCUUGUUUGUAAGGAACAUGAAGUUAUGAAAGAUGAACUUUGCCGUCAGAUGGCAGGUCUGCCCCCAAGGCGACUCCGCCGCUCCAACUACUUCCGACUUCCUCCCUGUGAAGAUGUGAAUUUGCAGAGACUCAAUGGUCUGUGA